AUGCCUUCCAACCACCCGCUCCAUGAGAAAGUGACAGUCGCGCUGCAAAAUAAACACCACUUGACGGUCGACCCUCGCUGGCUCGAUGAAUUUCUGGCAACCCGAGGAUCCAAUCCGCCUCCACUUCCAGCAGUUGUGUCUACAGCACAGUUUCGGAUUCUGGCAAGUGACAUCACCACGUCGCUGUCCCCUUCUCCUCAGGAUGCUCUGCCCAGCGAUGUCGCCGACGUGAAUGUCAAGGGACGUCGGCUGUCUGGCACCGUCAUCGUCCAGGUUUUGGAUGUCUUGGACGUAGGGUCCAGCAAAUGGAGCCAGGUCGAAGCCAUCGAGCGGGUGGAGCGCGGCGAGGAAGUUCGCGGCAGAGAAGUCAUCCGUACCGUUGACAUUAUGGACGACGAAGACGGAUCUGGACGUGAUCCUUCUGCUUCCGCCGUCACUCGCCCGCCAACAGCAACAGCACCUGCUUCCAGGGCGAUAGUGUCGAUGCCGGGCAGAAACAUCAGCCUUGGACCACAUAAGCUCGUCGUUCAAGAUGCCCGGGGCACCAAGGCUGUGGCAUUUGAGCUUGACAAGAUCCCGAAAAUCGGUAUUUCCAUCUCGGCUUUGGCUUCUCCCCCCGGUCCGCAUGGCGAUGCUUCUUCUCGACCCUCAAGUCAAGACGAUAUCGGCAUGUUCAUUGGCUGCAAGCUAGUCUUGAAGCCUGGAACCAUCGUUCGCAGAGGUAUGAUCAUGUUGCAACCUCAAACCUGUUUCAUGCUUGGUGGAAAGGUCGAAGCCUGGGACAAGAAAUGGAAAGAAGUACGAAAGCAGAAGUUGAAUGAUAUAAUUCAGGAGGAGUAUGAUGCCGCCGGAAACGGCACGAGGACCUCGAGAUGA